AAGGUUGCCAUUGUUACCGAGCUUCGGGAUUCAAUUGAGAUUGUUCAAUCUGGAGAAUAUCCUCGGUUCCUGGCACACAUCUUGCCUGUAUUCAUCAAUCUUCUUGAAAAAACACCUUCGGCAUUCUCUAGUGACCAUGACAACCAUGCAAGUUACAGCUGUAAACUGAGGAAUAUUAUUUUGGAAAUAAUCCAUCGCUUUCCUCAUAACGAGGCAUUGCGCCAGUAUGUUUUGGAUCUUAUGCGCGUAUUAAUGAUUGUUCUUCGUGAGGAUAAUGAGGACAAUGGUUCCAUUUCUUUAAAAAUCAUAGUGGAUCUCCACAAAAAUUACAAAAUGCUUGCUGAAGAAUUUGUCCAGCCAUUUCUUAAUAUUGUUCAAGAGAUGUAUCAGAAUAUGGAGAAAGCUGUUACAGAUGCCUUUGGCGACAUCAAUGCGAUGGAUGAGGCUGAUCAAAGUGUAGCGAGCUCAUCUCCUGGACUUGCUUCUCAAAAAACAAUUUGUUUAUCAAUGUUCAGUUUUAAAGUUCUUACCGAAUGCCCCAUAAUCAUUGCGCUACUAUUCCAGAUUCACCGCAAAUUCGUCACUCCCAACGUCCCUCAAUUUGUACCAUACAUAGUCAAGGUACUGAUGCUACAGCCCUACCAGCAACAACAAGCUCAUCAGAAUGCCGAGGCUAAUGGUACCAUUUUUUUGGGAAUGUCGCCUGAUAUCAAGGAUGCUGCACUCUAUGUGGAGUUCAAGUCUUUGCAAGUCAAGACAGUUUCGUUCAUUGCCUAUAUUUUGCGUAGCUUUAUUUCACUAUUGAAGCCGUACGAAGACAGUGUUGCAAACGGUGUCAUUUGUCUUAUGAAAGACUGUCCUCCAGAUGCUUCGGCAACCCGCAAGGAGUUACUCAUAGCUACCCGCCAUUUGUUUUUUACCGAGUUUCGAAAGGCAUUCGUGCCGCAUAUGGAUGUGAUUUUAAAUGACGAUGUUCUUGUUGGAACUGGAGUAACAUGUCGCGAAACGCUUCGACCGCUUGGACACAGUGUUCUUGUUGAUCUCAUCCAUCAUGUUCGGAACGAGCUGACCCUAGAUCAAAUCACCAAAGUGAUUUAUGUUUAUUCCAAGAACCUUCAUGAUCCUAGCUUUCAACCUCAAAUCCAAACAAUGUGUGCCAAGCUGUUGCUUAGUUUGAUCGAUAAUGUGGUCAACCAACAGUCCAAAUCUGAUGCACGUCGACUGGUAUUACGUACUUUGGAUACAUUUGCAAGCCGUCUUAAAUCCAUCAACGACAUGCACUCUACUGUCAUUAGAUUUUUAAAGCGCAAGACGACAUCCCAAAACUCCACAACAGAGGAAAACUUUAGCCAUUUACUAGAGAUGGACGGGUUUUUGGAUAUUGGCUAUGUGCAGCCAAUCCGAACAUGUGCUCGCCCGCUGGAUGGGGCUCCUGAUUUGAUAAAGGAUAUUCGCUUACAAAUCAAAAGUGUGUUGCUCGGUAUAAAAACUGCUCUUUUUGCUCUUCGAAGUCUUCCAGCAUCUACAGCCGAAACAUCAGAUGUACAUCUUAUUCAUAGCUAUAGCGACGAAGUUGCAAUUUUCAUUCAUAUUUUUAAAGAAGGGCUUGAUUGCUUUAAAUAUUUUUCAUCAGAUAUUGAAACUACAGAGACUUCUGGCCUUUCGACAGUAGGGGAAAAUUCGGCAACUAUGACCACUGCUUCCAAAGAGGACAAGGAGGUCUACGAGGCGUUCGCGUCUAUUUUUACCUUUGUAGAUCCACCAAUUUUUCAAGAGGUAUUUUCCACAAACAUGCAGCUGCUUUUUGACCAAGCUGUAAAAAGUUCUUCUUUGCUUGCGGUUCCACAGUAUUUUCUAGCCAAUUUAUCCGUUUCUGCAAAUUUUUCAGGACUGCUCUUGUCUUUUUUGGUCGAUCGACUGCCAGAUCUUGGUUUUGGCGAUGCAUCAUCAACAUAUGCCAUGCUUAGGCUGUUUAAACUUUUGUUCAUGGCAGUUACUUUGUUUCCAGAAUCUAAUGAAAGCAUUCUUUGUCCACACUUGGCCAACAUUAUCAUGUCAUGCUUGCGUCUUUCUGCAAAAGCCAAAAACCCAAUCAACUACUUUUUACUUCUUCGUUCGCUUUUCCGUAGCAUUGGCGGAGGCCGUUUUGAGCUUCUUUAUCAAGAAGUGCUUCCAUUGCUUCAGGUGCUUUUAGAGACUUUAAACGCUCUAUUGGUUUCUGCACACCAACCACAGACAAAGGAGCUUUUUGUUGAGCUUUGUCUUACUGUUCCCGUGCGACUGUCGGUUCUUCUUCCAUAUUUGUCAUAUCUAAUGCGUCCACUUGUAAUUGCAUUACAGGCUGGUCCAGAACUUGUUAGCCAAAGUCUGCGUACAUUGGAGCUUUGCGUAGAUAAUUUGAGCCACGAGUUUUUGGAACCUAUUCUUAACCCGGUAAUCGACGAGUUAAUGACAGCGCUUUGGAAGCAUCUUCAGCCGAGUCCAUAUAAUCAGCUACACAGUCAUACAACCUUGCGUAUCUUGGGUAAAUUUGGAGGCCGCAAUCGUCGCUGGCUCAAGGACAGAUCUGCGUUAGAAUUUCUUGCUCGGACAGACUCGGCAUUGUCUGUAAAUUUGCUUUUCAAUGGUGGAAUGCCUCAUCCUCAAUAUCUUUGUUUGGAUGAAAUUCUUGUUGUUGCAAAGCGCCUUGUUAAUUUAGCAGAUACUCCUCAACGUUUACAUUAUCAAGCGUUUCGAUUUGCCAAAGGCUGUCUACCACUUUUGAUUGAGUUUGAUGAUAGCGAAGACUCUAUUUUAUCUGCUAUGCAAGAUCAUCUUAAACGGUUUUUUUGUCGCCACUCACAGCCUGUCUUGGAGAAUACCAAAUCGACCAAUGUUGCCACGUCGCCACUGCCAGCAUCGCAAAAGAAAUCUCAAUUAGCAUCUCCUUUUGCUAACCUAAAUGAUUCCAUUUCAUGCAGGCACAAAUCCUCCAUUGAUGAAUCGCUUACUGGAGUUUUGCUAGUCAUAUUUGCGUGUGCUGCCACAGACGAACUUCAUGAUGAGGCAUGGAGAUUGCUUCAACAUCUUUGUCGCCAUUUCGCAAUGUUGAGUAUUGGUGAAGCGGGGAUUUACAGAGAAGACACUCCAUCAGAUCGAAUUCGUAGCUACAGCUUUGAUUUUUUGGAUGUUCAUUCGCUUUCCAAGUUGAACGGGUUUAUUGAAGCAUUGGUAGAGACUUUAUCAUCAGAUAGUUCAAAACAGCGUGAUAUUGCAGAGCGAGCCUUGAUUUACUUUUACGAAAUUAUUUUGCUCUGGGUCGAAACCAAAGAUUGUGUCGACACUAUUCCCGCACUUCAUAUUUUUGCAUCUCGAUUCUGUUCCAAUUGCUAUCAGUUUGAAUGGCUCAAGAAAACGGGUGGCUGUCUUGGAAUAUCUAUAAUGGCAUCAAAGCUUCAAAUGGGACCAAAAUGGAUGCUUGAACAUGAGUUGGAGUUUGUCAAGGCGCUGCUUUACGUUCUCAAAGAUGUUGCUGCCGAUGUCGCCUAUUUUAACUUGGAAGAUACCACACAGACUCUUUCUUAUGUUCUUAAAGUAUGUAAUACCCCAAGCGAGCAAGUGAGCGAGACUGAGCGAACUCUUAAAUUCAAUAGUCUUGUUUCACUUCUUACAUCGGAGCUGUCCAAUGCCAAUUCUGCAGUUCGAGAAAGCAUUCGAGCAUCAUUUCAGCUGCUCUCUACUUUGACUGAAACAGAACUUUCUGAUAUGAUUCGUCCAGUGUGCGAGCGACUCAUGCCAUUUAUUUUUGCAAAACCGCUUCGCGCACUGCCGUUUGCAAUACAAAUUGGCCACAUUGAUGCUGUCACAUACUGCCUGUCAUUGAGGCCUCCACUUUUGACUUUUCAUGACGAGUUGCUUCGUCUACUUCACGAAGCUCUAGCAUUAGCGGAUGCUGAGGAUCAAGCUCUUGUUAGCAAGGCAUCUCAGUUUAAAAAUGCAGUUUCAUUGAACAAUCUUCGCGUUGUUUGUAUUCGACUGCUUUCCGCUGCCAUGGCAUGUGCCGAUUUUGCAUCUCCCCGACACCAUCUCAUUCGCCCUCGUAUUAUUUCUGUUUUUUUCAAAUCCCUAUAUUCAAAAAGUAAUGACGUCGUAGAGGCUGCAAACAAGGGAUUGCAGCAAGUGGUAGCUCAACAACACAAACUGCCUAAAGACUUACUUCAAGCUGGGUUGCGACCUAUUCUGGUGAACCUUGCUGACCACAAACGGCUGACUGUUUCUGGUCUUGAGGGGCUUGCAAAGCUUUUGGAGCUAUUGACAAACUACUUUAAAGUAGAGAUUGGAAAAAAGCUGUUGGAUCAUCUGCGACUAUGGGCAGAGCCCAAAGUGCUUGAAGAAAUCUCUGGACGCCCUAUUGGCGAUGUGGAAGAAAUUAAAGUUAUUGUUGCCAUUCUGGAUAUUUUUCACAGACUUCCGUCUUCCGCAAGUAUUUUCAUGGAUGACAUUAUCAAAAACGUUUUGUUUUUGGAACAGCGUGUUCAUCGAUCUAUCUCUAGUCCUUUUCGUAAACCACUCAUUAGAUACUUGAACAAAUACCCAACAGAGGCUACUACAUACUUUUUGCAAAAGAUUUCACUCCCACGCGAAACUGCGCUUUUUUUGGGUAUGUUGGCUUCAGAAGAAAGUACUCAGCUUCGCGCGGCCGUAUCCAGCGCCAAGGAAUAUCUUUUAACCAAAGUGUUUGACCUAAAUGAGGUUGAUUCAACCGUGAUGUAUCGUAAUGGCAUUCACCUUGUGAAGCAUUUGGUAGCUUACGAUGCGCAAUGGCUUGUUGAAAACUUUGAAGUCGUUGAUCGCAUACGUGAGAUUUGGAGAGGUGGAUUUUUGAGUGCUUUAGACGAAUAUGUGUAUAUUCGAGGCCGUGAGCAUACAGCGUUUUUUGAACUGCUUAUCGAGUACAGCAAGUUUUAUCCGCUAAACGUUGAUAUUAUUUUCGACAUUGUGGAGGGUUUUAUUGAUCCAGAAAUUGUUGAUUAUGGAUUUUUAAGGAAAUUUGUUUACGAAGAGGUGGGAAAGACUACAGAUUUUGACAAGCGCAGUUCUAUUUUUAAACGUUAUUUGGAACUGUUUCCACUUCAAGAGGUUUCGACUCAGCGAAAAAUUUGCAUGAUGCGUUAUCUCAUUACUCCUAUGCUGCUUUUAGGAACCGAACACGAUGCUCAUAUUGUAGAUACUGAGGUUGUUGAGAGCAUUUUGGCCAACGUCUGGGCUCCUCUUAUUGCCGAUUCUAGUUGCUCCUCGGUUGAUUUAGAUAGUCUCAAGAUUGAACUAUUGCAACUCACGAAUCUUUUGGUGCACCGUGUUCCCGAAGUAAUCAGUGAAUCUCGUAAGGAUGUUAUCAAGUUUGCAUGGAAUCAUCUCAAGGUCGAAGAUGUAACUCUGAAGCAGUCAGCUUACGUUUUGCUAUCAAGAUUUAUUCGCGAAUACGAGACACCUGUCAAGAUUGUUUCACAGAUUUACGUUGCAUUGCUUCGCGCACAUCAAGCAGAGGGCCGAAUUCUUGUAAAACAGGCGCUUGACACACUGCUACCAGUGCUCCCGAUACGACUUGCCAGUUCUACGGGAGAGCGUGCACGUAUGCCUCUUUUUGUCCAGUGGAUUCGAAAAGUGGUUGUUGAAGAGGGACAUAUUGUUACGCAGUUGUUGUCGCUAUACCAGUUACUCAUCCGCAAUGCUGAUCAAUUCUAUUUGACACGUGAGCAUUUUUUACCUCAGAUUGUGUCUUCAUUGGCCAAGCUUGGACUUUCGGGAAGUGCUACAAUGGAAACAAGAACGCUUACACUUGAUCUUGGCGAUUUAAUUAUUGUUUGGGAGAAACGUGAACUGGAGGAGGCUAAUGCGAAUGGUAACGCUGGUACCUUUUCAUCAAAAUUUUCUGACUGCUCUACAUGUUUGAAUUCAAUAGAUGCUCAUGACGAAGGUAUGGAUUGGACGUCUGCUCAGGACUCACACGAUGUAUCCUCUCCUGCUACCGCGCUGACUUUGGAUUACAAAGAAAUGAUUGUCAGCUAUCUAUUGCGAUUUGUUUUGUCUUUAAGUGAGCCUCAAACCAGCAAGCCUUUGAUACAGCGAGCCAUUGAUUUGUUCAAAACCUUGAUCACUCUUUCCCCCGAUGUUCCGAUCAAACUGAGCCAAACUGAAAAGGCUAUUACCUACGAGGAAGAUUCCUCAUCUGUUGUGGUAUCCAAUGCGAUAGACAUGCUUAUGAUUACUGUCAAUACCAAGCCAGCCAAAUGGGUUCACCAAAAUUUGUCGACUUUGCAGAGGUGCAUUGAAAAAUGGAUUCAAAAUGAUCAACCUUCCCUUGUUGUUGCCAUAUCUUCCAUUUUGAUGAGCAUGUGGAAUUCUAUUGACGAUAACGGCGAUCCUGAGCAGCCAUCGGCUGACGAGGCUUUAUUUUACAAGAUGCUUGAUGCCACAGUCCAGCACGGACUUGGUUCACUUACCAAUAUCUAUGCGGCUGUUUCAAUUCUAGAGGCAUCAUGUUUACAUCGACUAGAUAAACCAUCGGCUCAAAGUCUUUUGAGAUCUCAUGUGAUUGAAUUGACAAAACUCUUUGGCGUCCUUAUCAAGGACGUGAAUUCCACCCAUCCCACAGUCAUCACAAAUGGAUCUGUUACAGAUAUUCUCAAGACCAUUAUUCAGCUGUUGAAUGCACAAAUCACACAACUCGGCGAACUUCGUAAAGCAUUUUUUGCUGGUAUUAUGGCAAUUAUUGAUUUGCAAGACACUCCAGAGUUGCAUGUGCUUAUUCUCUCCAUUUUGCGACAGUGGAUUUUUGUAUCGCAUCAUGAUGCUUUCCCCACUAUGAAAGAGCGUGCAUCUGUUGCAGUCAAAAUGUUGUCGUUAUACAAAUCUGAACGUUCUCCAAUUGCAAAUGAUUAUAUGACUCUUGUUGCUGAUAUUUACGAAGAUCCAGAGUUUGCUCGAACCGAACUGACGGUACGCUUGGAAACGGCGUUUUUAGAAGGAACUCUUUCUCCUAAUCAUGAGAUGCGUGAAAGAAUUCUUAGAAUACUUGAUUGUUCGCUACAACCCACUCUUCAAUUGCGACUUGAUUAUGUGCUGAGUGUCCAAAAUUGGGAACCACUUGCGUCGUCGUUUUGGAUCAGGCACGCUGUAGAUAUUUUACUUGGAAGUGUUGAUUCUGAACGACGGGUUCAAACCCAUUUACCGUUACAACGUAUUUGUUGCAUUUCAGGACUCAAAACCCGCCAUCAAAAUUUGUUUAAAACAGAGGAUGUCAGCAUGGAUGUAGACGGGGAACAUCAAGUGUCGGCAGAGAUUAACCAAUUACUUGCAGCCCACAUUGUGGUUAGUAAAGAGAUUGGAUUGCUUAAGCUGUCUUCAUUGAUGGAACCGAUCAAAGCAUUUAUUCAAGAAGAUGUCAAUCUGUCUUCCUGGCUAUGGAUUGCAGUUUUUCCCAUGUGCUGGGCCCAAUUGACCAGUCGAGAACGACACGAUGCUAUAAAAGGAUUUAUCAAUCUUUUGGCUCGCGAUUUUCAUACAGCGCAGGCAAGCAUGCGACCCAAUGUUAUUCAAACCAUGCUUCAAGGAAUUUGCAAAUGCAAGCCUCCUGUGCAACUUCCCCCUCACUUGGUUCGUCAUUUAGGAAAGACCUAUAAUGCAUGGCAUGUUGCGCUGGAGUUAUUACAAAAUGCCAUAAUUGAGCCUAGAUCUGGUAUUGUUAUUCAAAACAAAGAAGAGGAAAAGAUCAAGGAAUCUGUUAUGGACUCCUUGGCGGAUAUUUAUGCCAGUCUUAGUGAGGAUGAUUAUUUCUAUGGCUUAUGGCGCCGCAAGGCUUUGUUCAAUGAAACCAAUGCUGCAGUGUCUUAUGAGCAAUGUGGCAUGUGGGCAACAGCCCAAACGUUUUACGAAAGUGCUCAACUCAAGGCACGCACCGGCGUUCUUCCGUUUACCGAGCUUGAGUAUUGUCUUUGGGAGAGCCACUGGAUUGAAUGUGCUGAGCGCCUUCAGCAAUGGGAUAUUCUUACAGAUUUGGCCAAGCAUGAUUCAAAUCCAGAUCUACUUUUAGAGUGCAUGUGGCGACUUUCGGACUGGAACACGGAUAAAGAAAACUUGGCACUGUCACUUCAGUCAUGUAGCGAGCCUGCUACUGCAAGAAAAAAAAUGUUUCAAGCUUUUUUGGUGUUACAGAAUCGUCAAGAUGACCCAGAAAAUCAAGGAGAAUUUCAACGGUUAUGCAAUGAGGGUAUGCAAUUGGUACUUCGACGAUGGACCUCACUUCCAUCCAUUGUUUCCAACUCUCAUAUCGGCACAUUCCACGCUUUCCAGCAAUUUGUAGAGUUGCAAGAAGCUGGCCAUAUUCAAAAUAAUUUGGUAUCUACCAACACUACAAAUAUUGAUUCCAAAUCUCAAGAACUCAAAGGAAUUUUGCAAACGUGGCGAGAGCGACUCCCAAACCGGUGGGAUGAUAUUAAUUUAUGGAGCGAUCUUUUGGCAUGGCGCCAGCAUGUAUUUACUUCUAUCAACAAUGCAUAUAUACCCUUGAUUCCGCAAAUGUCUCAACCGCUUUCUAAUGGAAACCCUACCAGUUCAUACACGUUCCGUGGCUACCAUGAAACGGCUUGGAUCAUCAAUCGGUUUGCACAUGUUGCUCGCAAACAUCAAUUGCCAGAGGUGUGCAUCAACUCUCUAAGUAAAAUCUAUACUCUUCCUAAUAUUGAAAUCCAAGAAGCAUUUUUCAAACUACGCGAGCAAGCAAAAUGCCAUUUAAAGGCGCUUUCAGAAUACUCGACUGGUCUUGAUGUUAUAAACAACACCAACCUGUUGUAUUUUACUGUUGGACAAAAAGCAGAGUUUUUUACUUUAAAGGGACAGUUUCUUUUUAAAUUAAAUCUACACGAAGAUGCAGUACAGGCCUUUUCCUCUGCGGUUAACAUGGAUCUGUCUUAUCCCAAGGCAUGGGCCUCGUGGGGAAAGUAUAAUGACAGUAUGAUGAACGAUUUUCCUCAAAAAUUAGAAUACGGGGUUGGUGCAGUUAAUUGCUACUUGCAUGCUGCUAGUCUUUACAACAAUGGUAGAUCUCGCAAGUUUCUUGCGCGAAUUCUUUGGCUUUUAAGCUUGGAUGAUGAUCAAGGUACAUUGGCCAAAUCGUACGAUGGAUACAAGCCUGAUGUUCCUGUUUGGUACUGGAUCACAUUUGUUCCACAACUUAUUCUAUCGCUUUCUGGAAAGGAAUCUAUCUUUGCUCGGCAGAUAUUACUAAAGAUUGCAAAAGCAUUCCCGCAGUCAUUACAUUUUCAACUACGCACUGCAAAAGAAGAUUUCUUGGCUGUUAAACGGCCCACCCAAUCUGCUACAACUUCCAAUUCUGCUGCUGCGCAAACGCCAGCACCCACCGCACAGACUCCCAAGACUAUUCCAACGAUCGAGGUGUCUUCUGCUACAUCACCAGCAGUCAAACGUCAGCCAUGGGAGAUCAUUGAUGAGAUUAUGGGUUUGCUAAAAACUGCGUUUCCACUACUUGCUCUAUCCAUGGAGACAAUGGUUGAUCAGAUUUUACUAAGACUAAAACCCACUACCGACGAGGAUAUUUAUCGUCUGAUUGUCGCACUAUUGAGUGAUGGUGUUCAGAUGUACCUUCAGCAGCUUACCCGUGAUCCGAAUGAUGGGGGAAAUCUUUCUCCAGCUACUGCAAAUAAUCUUGUCAAGUUUGGAGAGAGUAUGCAACCCAAUCAUCUCAAGGACUUGUUUGAAAAGGACUUUAUUGCAAGCAAACCAAAUUUGAGUCAGUUGGUUUCUGGGUUUCGUACUUGGCGCGACAAUCUUGAGAAAAUCCUUGACUGCCGUCCCCGUGUGCAGUAUCUGGAGCAUUUUAGUCAUCAUUUAGUCGAAUUUGAAUACCAAAAGUUUGACGAGAUUGAGGUUCCAGGACAAUACUUUGAGAUGCGUCCCAACAACAAAGAUUUUGUACAUAUCGAACGAUUCAGUCCAACCAUUGACGUUACCCGAGGGCAUAUCUGCUGCUAUAAAAGUCUUACUAUUCUUGGUCACGAUGGUUCAUCCCACCGAUUCACUGUUCAGAAUCCUGCAGCACGCCAUUGUAGAAGAGAGGAGCGUAUUCUUCAACUCUUCCGCAUCCUGAACGAUGUAAUGGCGCGUAAAAAGGAAGCUCGCAAACGCAACCUCAACUUCCAUCUUCCUAUACUUGUACCCCUUGCACCACAAAUCCGACUUGUUGAAGAUGACCGAUCCGACAUAUCACUGCAAGAUGUAUAUGAAAGUCACUGUGUAAAAUCUGGUAUUCACAAAGAUGACCCAAUCAUUUUUUAUGCUCAACGGAUACGCCAAAUAUUUGCUUCGAAGGUAGAAAUUUUAAAUCUAAAAACGGAAAUUAUGGAGGAAAUUGGUAACAAGCUUAUUCCAGAAACCAUCAUGACCGAGUAUUUUCAAGAACGUAUGAUGUCAUAUAUUGAUUUAUGGACAUUUAGAAAGCGCUUCACAUCGCAUCUGGCAACAAUGACCUUUAUGACUUACUUGAUGAGUAUUGGUCACAGAUACCCACAAAAAAUAUUUAUGUCGCCAAAGACUGGCGGUGUAUGGAGUUCAGACCUACUACCAACUAUAUCCAACUCUACGACUUUAUUUACAAAUAAUGAGGCUGUUCCCUUCCGCUUUACUCCCAAUAUUCAGCACUUUUUGACACCUAUAGGCGUUGAGGGUGUUUUUGUAGCAUCUCUCAUGGCUGUGGGUAGAUCUCUUACCAAGCCAGAGUUUGAAUUGGCAGAUUACCUCAGUAUCUUUAUUCGUGAUGAGCUUGUCACUUGGCAGUCCAACCUAAGAAAAAAUGCUUUUCAACCUACACAACUUCGCGAGCUGGUGAACAAUAAUGUCAAUGUUGUAGUGAAGCGCGCGCAAUCUCUUGCUUGCAAAGCCGAGCAGCCAGUCUGUAGAACCAUUCUUGAUUUGAUUUCUCAUGCCGUUAAUCCACUCAAGUUGGCUCAAAUGGACAUUGCAUUCAUGCCACAGCUUUAA